AUGCCUCGCAUAAUGCCGGCUGAUUUAGGACUUAUUCAAACACAGCACGAUUCAUUUCAACGACACGAAGAAUUGAUUAAACUUAUUCAUGACACAGAUGUUUUUUAUGUACCGGUACGUGGAGAAUUUGGGGAUGGGCAAGUCAAUGAUAUAAAGGAAAUAACACGGCGAUUUGAUGAAGAUCUUCUCAAUAAACAAAUGAUUGUUAUUCGUGUAUCUGGUAAAAAUAUUGUGGAUGGAAUUUGUAUACAAUUUAUUGGUUGCUUCGAUAAUCGAAUAACAACGACCAUGAAUCACACCGGUUAUGAAAAAGAACCAAAUCUAAUGAAUUUACAACAAAUAUGUGGAGUUGGUCGUGUGGAAUUAGAUGAACAAAUGUAUCUAAAACUUUCUUCUACACAGAACUUACCAACAACAACGAAUACAGUCGAUUCAAAAUAUUUGCAUGGUGAAGAAAAAUUGAUCGGAAUGCUUGAAAAUGAUGUCGAAACGAUGCAUUCAAAAGAUUCUAGCGAAGAGCAAUCAUCUCAUUUUAAACAAAACAUACUGGAUACUAUUUCAAAUAAAAAUAAAGGUCGAUCAAUGACAUCAGCAAUAACCUCACCGACAAAAAAAAGUCGUCCACGUACAGUAAGUGAAAAUGUGUUGACAACUGGUACAUCGCCAACAAACAUCCUUUUGGAUCAUCCACGUUUACAUUCGCCAAAUACUACGGUGCAUAUUUCAUAUCCGUCACCUUCCGCAACUUCUGUUUGCUCUCCACGUGUUAUUACAAGUUUAAAAAAUCAACCACAUCGUGCACCAUCACCAGUUGUUUUUGGACAUUCUCCUUCAACUUCAUCGCCAUUGUACAUUAAUGUACUAAAUUCUUCACAACAGUCAACAUUAAUCUCACCGUCAUCUCAAACUUACACGACCAUUUCAUCCUCAUCGCCUUCGUCCUCAUUCAAUGAUUAUAGUAUUACAUCAACAUCUCCCCCAUCAAAUCGACAUGUCGGUGAUUCAGCUUCUAUUUCUUCUUCAAUGAGUCCAUCUUUAUCCACCUCAUCCUUGUCGCCAAUUGAGUCUCAUCGUCGAGUUCAGUCACCUCUUUCUUCUACUCGUUUACAUACUCAAUCGAUAAUAAAUCACACAACAACAGCGCCAAUUCAGAUUACUGCCUCUUCUUCCUCGACAACAACAAAUUAUAUUGGCUCGUAUACGAAUCCAUAUAUAGCAUUACCGACCCAAUCUCCAGUGGGCUCUCAUUCGUUACCAACAAUCUAUAACUUUGGUGUACUUCCUCAUGCAGCCACCAAUAUUGCUUAUAUAACGCCAGCAACCUUUGAUUUUGCUGUUGCUGCAGCAGCCGCAAAUCCUGGUGGAAUGUUGUUAAUUGCAACUCCAAAUGUUCAAGUCACUGGAUUAACUCCUACGCCAUCAUAUUCAGAACAGCAAUUUCAAACACAUUUACUUCUACAACAACAACAACAACAACAGCAGCAAUUACAACAAUCACAGACAAAAAUUCAGUUUGCUCCAUUACCAAGUCCAUAUUCAUCAUCAUUUGUUCCAUUAUAUCCUUACAAUAACGUACAAACACCCGAACAGAGAUCUCCAGUUAUUCCGCGAACAUGUAACAUUUUAAAUCGUGUGAACGAUAGUUCUGAUUUAAUGUCAACGACAAAAUUACCGUUGGAUGGCGAACAACAGAAAGCAGAAGAGACAAUAAUAAAUACAAUGUCAAAAGCUCGAAAUAAGUCGUUUUCACCAUCUUCUACAACAGAUAAACAACAUCGUUCUCUUUCGAAGUCUCUUAGUUUUGAUGAACCAUCAUGCGUUACUACAUCGCUACCAUUUAAGAAACGUCGAGUUUUGAAUUGUGUUGAUGAGCAAGAGAACGAUGAAUAUGAAGAUGCUGAGGUUAUGUCAUUAAGACAUUUAAUUGUUAUAAUUGAUUUAAAUCCAUUGUAUUGGUCAGAGACAUUAACCGCCAAUACAUCAGCAUCAACCAUUGAUUUGAAACAGUUUUUAAAUAUUAUUAUUCAAUUUGUCAAUGCUUACAUUGCAUUUGAUAUACAAAAUCGUCUAACAUUAAUUGGUGCAGCCAAUAACGAUACUAUAUUCUUAUAUCCUGAUCAAACAAAUGAAACGUUAAUUAUUCCAACUGUAACAAAAACAAAUAUGUAUGAACAAUUAUUUGUUGCUGAUCGUGUUAUCGAGAGAAAUAUUGAAAAAUUCCUUGAACAAUUGCCUUUACAAGGUCAACAAGGUUCAAUGAUCACCAUGGCUAUGGUACAAGCUUUAUGCUAUAUUAAUCGUCUUAUUCGAGAACAAAAUGUUGGUGAAAAAAAUUCCCAUCGGAUAUUGAUUAUACAAACAUCAAAUGAUAGUUCUAAACAAUAUAUGAAUUUUAUGAAUGCAGUAUUUUCGUCAGAAAAAUUAAAUGUACCAAUAGAUGGUUGUAUAUUAAAUAAUGAUUCCAGUCUGUUACAACAAGCAUGUGAUUUAACAACUGGCUUGUAUUUACGUGUACCAGAUUCAAAUGGCCUUUUACAAUAUUUAAUAUGGUUAUACUUAGCGGAUAAAGAAUUACGUAAAAUGUUGACAUUACCAACAAAAUUAGCCGUCGACUAUCGACCAGCAUGUUUUUGUCAUCAAAAAUUGAUUGAAACCGGUUUUGUUUGUUCAGUUUGUUUAUCGAUAUUUUGUGAGAAUAGCACAUUCUGUAGCACGUGUCGGUCAGCGUUUAAAUCAAAUGUAAUGAUGGAACAGACAACAAAAAAGAAAAAACUGAUCACUAACACUACUACGACAUCAGCGUAA